UGAAAUGUCCGAGUCACGACAACGGCACUCGGGCUGGAAGGGCAUACUAAACCAGAUAGGAAUCGGCGGGCGAGAGAGGGUGGGUGGUGCCACUGCAAUCCUACUUCUUCUGCUCUUCCACUGCCUUCCAGGUUUUCUUGGAAAUCUUUUGGUACAGAGGUUGGUACUCAGUAUGUCUACACUGGAAACGACUGAGGAAAGGAAUGUCGAUCGCUUUCCUUACACCAUAAAGAGGCCAAGAGUUGAUGCUGUUCGAGAAUUCCCGAUAGGAUGUGGGUUAUUUGAUGCUCGGGUGCUACCAAGCAAGUCUGAAGAUCGUGGCAUCAUAGACCAAUCGUCAAAUAUUGUUGGCCAUACGGAGAAGAAUGAUAAGGUGUAUGGGCUAUUUUCUCAGUCCUCUAGUGUUAUGAACAUACCAAUGGACAAUUGCCUCUCACCUCGAAAGAUGUUUAGAAGUAUUCCCGUUGAGCGGGAUUUUCCCCAAGGUUGUGGAAGGGUGGUGCCUUCUUCUUUGAGAAAUAAACAUGCAAAUGAUAGGAGCUCGUCUUUAUUGGUCAAGGAUGCUAAGCUCAAGAAGGAUGUUAUUAAUCAUGAGUUGAGUGUUGAUGGCGUGGAUGACGUACAUGUAGCCCAGCGUUGCAAGGUGAAGGAGGCUUUGGGUGCAUAUCAAGAGCUAUUGACUAAGCUUUCACAAGAAUACGCUAAAAAGUCCGACAAAAAUGUUGGUUGUAAGAUUCAUAUGGAAAUCGUAAUGCGUCUUAAAGAGCAAGGAAAGUGUUUUAACACAAGGAAACAAUUAGGACCCAUUCCAGGAGUUGAAGUUGGCGAUGAGUUUCAAUACAGGGCUCAACUAGUUAUUAUUGGCCUUCAUCAUCCUUAUCAAAAUGGUAUUGAUUACAUGACGAAGGAUGGGAAAAGUGUGGCCACUAGCAUUGUGGAUUCAGGGCGUUAUGGCAACCAUGUAGAGUCUUCUGAUAUCUUUAUAUAUUCAGGUGAAGGUGGAAAUUCGAUGGUCAAGGGUGAAGAACCAAAGGAUCAAAAACUUGAACGUGGAAACCUUGCACUAAAGAAUAGCAUUGAAGAAGGAACUCCUGUAAGGGUAAUUCAUAAACGUUUAGAGGUGGGUACUAAUAGCAGAUCUUCCACGACUUAUGUUUAUGAUGGUCUCUACAAAGUGGUUGAAUUUUGGCAAGAAAGAGAAAAAUUUGGUAAAAUGGUCUUUAAGUUCUCAUUGAGAAGGUGUUUGGGGCAACCACGACUCACAUUGGGAAAAGUUUUGGACAAGUCGAAGAUGGCAAUAGUUUCAAAGGGUGGUGUUUGUAAAAAUGAUAUCUCCGAAGGGAAAGAGAGGAUGCCUAUUCGAAUGGUCAAUGAAAUAGAUGAUGAGAGUACUCCAUUUUUCAAUUACACAUGCAAUAUCAUUUAUCCAAAUUUCUUCAAGGCGGUCGCACAAAGGGGUUGUCAUUGCCUUGAUGGAUGCUCCGCAUCUGACCCAUGUUUUUGUGUAAUGAAGAACGGAGGGGUUUUGCCGUAUGAUAACAAUGGACAUCGAACAAACAAGAAUGCCCUUGUGUAUGAAUGUGGUCCUUUGUGUAAGUGCCCUUCUUCUUGCAAAAACAGAGUGAGUCAACAUGGCAUUCGUUUUAGACUUGAAGUCUUCAGGACUAAAUCAAAAGGAUGGGGUGUUAGAUCACACUCGUUUAUUCAAGAGGGAAGUUUUAUAUGCGAGUAUGCAGGAGAAAUACUUCAAGAUAAUGACGACUUUGCUAUUAGUUCCGCGGAACAUGGGAACGUUGGAAGAUUCGUCAAUCAUAGUAGCUGUCCUAAUCUAUUUUGCCAAGCUAUCCUCUAUGAUCACGACGACUUGAGAAUGCCGCACAUGAUGUUAUUCUCCAAGAAGAACAUAGCACCAAAACAAGAGUUAACUUGUGAUUAUAAUUCUAGUGGGCGAAAGUUUGUAAUCUAAGAUGGGUACAAGAGCUAGCUUGUGAUUAUAGGUCUAGUGGGGAAAGUAUGUAAUGGAAGAUGGGUUUUCAAGAUGAGAUUUUGUUGUUGUGGUCGGAUGUCCUAAUGGUUAGUUUGGGAUGUCUUGGUGAUUAGUGAAAGUAAAUAUUAUUACAAGACUUCCAUGAAAUUACCUUUUGUCUUGGUUGAAUUGAAUGCUUGCUUA